CCGCCGACAGACGGAGGACCGCAGAGGAAGAGCAACUUCCUUCACCGACAGAUUGAGACUUUUUCACCUGGGUACCAGAAAACCUCUGGUCUCCAUGGCAACAGGACGCGAGGUGCAGCUGUACCUGGACCUGCUGUCGCAGCCUUGCAGAGCCGUCCACAUCCUGCUGACCCGCACCAAGAUCCCGCACCGGGUCCACAGCGUGGCUCUGCGGAAAGGGGAACACAGAACCUCGGAGUUCUCCAAGCUGAACCCGAUGCAGAAGGUUCCGGUGCUGGUGGACGGCGGCUUCAUCCUCAGGGAGAGUGACGCCAUCCUGAAGUACCUGGCCACCACGUUCGACAUCCCUGAACACUGGUAUCCAUGGCAACCGGAGCGGCGCGCACGCGUCGACGAGUACACGGCUUGGCACCAUAGCAACACCAGACCGCACGCCGCCAAGGUGUUCAUGCUGGAGGUUCUGCUCCCUGCUCAGCUCGGCGUCCCGGUGGACCGGCGCCGCCUGGACCGGGCCCUGUCGGACCUGGACGUCACACUGGAGCGGCUGGAGUCCAUGUUCCUGCGGCGCCAGCCGUUCCUCUGCGGCGAUGACAUCACCGUGGCCGACCUGCUCGCCGUCUGUGAGCUCAUGCAGCCACUGGGAAGUGGGCGGGACAUCCUGAAGGACCGCCCCCAGCUGCGGCGCUGGAGGAGCCGCGUCCAGUCGGCCGUCGGUGAGUCGUUUGAUGACGCUCACGCCGUGCUGUUCGCCGUCAGAGACCGCCACCGCGCCAGGCUGUGACAUCACCGAGGGGGUGGAGCUUCUUCAUUAGGACCGGAGCUCACUGAUUGGCCGACCUCAUGAUGUCAUGUAGACCGUGCCUGGCCGGUUCUGAUGAAUAAAGAUGAUUAUUUUCUCCA